UAUUGGAAAUUAUUGGAAAAAUUAACAAAUUUCGGGACUAUUUUUUUUGUAAAAAAUAGAAAACUCGAAUGUCAAGGAAAUAUCGAUAGGUAUCGAUGAAGUUAAAGCAUCGGUUUUCACACAUACAACACUAGUACGCAGUGUGGAAUUAUUCGUUCAUAAUGGCGGAAGAUCAUAGUCAGUUUCAACAACUCUUAAACACACUCCUAAGUACUGAUAACGAUGUUCGGACACAAGCAGAGGAAGCAUAUAAGAAUAUUCCCUUGGAAAAUAAAGUCGAAUUCCUAGUAAGCUUCAUUUGUAACACUUCUUAUGUGGAGGACUUAAGAUCAAUGGCUGCAGUUUUACUGCGCCGGCUAUUUUCAUCAGAAUUUAUGGAAUUUUAUCCCAAGAUUCCACCGGAAGGACAAGCUCAACUUAAAGAACAAAUUCUUCUGGCGGUGCAAAAUGAACAGAGCGAUAAAAAUCGUCGGAAAAUAUGUGAGGUCGUUGCGGAAGUUGCACGAAAUUUAAUUGACGAAGAUGGUAACAAUCAAUGGCCAGAGUUCCUGCAAUUCUUAUUUCAGUGCGCGAAUGGACCAGUGCCAGAACUUAAAGAAAGUGCUCUUCGUAUGUUUACAUCGGUUCCCGGCGUUUUUGGCAAUCAACAAGCUCACUAUCUUGAAUUAAUUAAACAAAUGCUACAACAAUCAGUUAUAGACUCGGCAAACUAUGAGGUUCGAUUUCAAGCAGUAAGAGCGAUAGGUGCAUUUAUAAUGCUUCACGACAAGGAAACAAAUAUUCAAAAGCAUUUUUCUGAACUUUUACCAGCAAUCGUUCAGGUGACGGCUCAAUCAGUUGAGAAGCAAGAGGAUGAAGCAUUACUUAAAGUUUUAAUUGAUCUGGCAGAAUCGACGCCUAGAUUUCUUCGACCACAAUUAGAGAAUAUAAUGGAAAUGUGCAUGAAAAUAUUUUCCAACGAGGAAAUGGGAAAUUCAUGGAGACAAUUGGCUCUUGAAGUUUUAGUAACACUCGCUGAAACAGCACCGGCAAUGGUGCGUAAAAUUGGUGGGAAAUAUAUUGAAACUCUCGUUCCAUUGGUGCUGAAAAUGAUGACUGAUCUUGAAGAUGACGACGAAUGGAGUUUCGCUGACGAAAUUAUUGAAGAAGAUAACGAUAGUAAUAAUGUUGUGGCAGAAAGUGCUUUAGAUAGAUUGGCAUGUGGUUUAGGUGGUAAAACAAUGUUACAUCAUAUUGUUCAAAAUAUUCCAACAAUGUUGAAUAAUCAGGAUUGGAAAUACAGACAUGCCGCAUUAAUGGCGAUUUCCGCUGUUGGAGAGGGCUGUCACAAGCAAAUGAAAGAAAUUCUAAAAGAAAUUAUGGAUGGAGUUGUGAAUUUCCUACAAGACCCACAUCCACGUGUAAGAUAUGCGGCUUGUAACGCAGUGGGACAAAUGUCAACAGACUUUGCGCCAACAUUUGAGAGAAAUUUCCACGAGAAAGUAAUACCAGGACUUUUAAUGGUGUUGGAUGAUAAUGCGAAUCCACGAGUCCAAGCACACGCUGGCGCGGCGCUUGUAAACUUCAGCGAAGAUUGUCCCAAACACGUUUUGCUUCCCUAUUUAGAUGGAAUAAUGGGAAAAUUGGAGUCGAUACUAACUGCUAAAUUUCAGGAAUUGGUAGAAAGAGGAACGAAACUUGUUUUAGAACAGGUUGUAACGACAAUCGCUUCGGUAGCUGACACAUGUGAGGAGCAGUUCGUUAAAUAUUACGACAGACUGAUGCCUUGUUUGAAAUACAUUAUUCAGAAUGCAAAUCAACAGGAGCAUAAAAUGCUUCGUGGAAAGACAAUCGAGUGCGUGAGUCUUAUUGGUUUAGCUGUUGGAUCCGAGAAGUUUAUUUCCGAUGCCAGUGAGGUAAUGGACAUGCUUCUAAAAACCCAUUCCGAAGGCAAUUUAUCGGAUGACGAUCCACAGACGAGCUAUUUAAUAUCCGCUUGGGCGAGAAUUUGUAAAAUUCUCGGCAAACAAUUCGAGCAAUAUUUGCCAUUGGUUAUGGGACCAGUAUUACGUACAGCAGCUAUGAAGCCAGAAGUUGCGUUGCUAGACAAUGAAGAUAUGGAAGGAGUCGAGGGCGACCUCGAUUGGCAAUUCAUUUCUCUUGGAGAACAACAAAAUUUUGGAAUUAAAACUGCUGGAUUAGAAGAUAAGGCGUCAGCAUGUGAAAUGCUUGUUUGUUAUGCUCGUGAAUUGAAGGAAGGAUUUGUAAAUUAUGCCGAGGAAGUUGUUAGUCUAAUGGUGCCUAUGUUAAAAUUCUAUUUUCACGAUGGUGUACGAACAGCUGCGGCCGAAAGUUUACCAUGUCUACUAGAUUGUGCCAAAAUAAAAGGACCUCAAUAUCUUCAGGGAAUGUGGGCCUAUAUUUGUCCCGAAUUAUUAAAGGCCAUUGAAUCAGAACCAGAAUCAGAAGUUCUAUUGGAAUUGCUCUGCUCGCUGGCAAAAUGUAUCGAGACUCUUGGUGCCGGUUGUUUAGACACACAGCCAAUGGCUGAACUCUUACGAAUUCUAGAUAAACUUCUUAAUGAACAUUUCGAACGGGCUGUGCAAAGAUUGGAGAAACGAAAGGAUGAAGAUUAUGAUGAGGUGGUUGAAGAACAACUCGCGGACGAGGACAAUGAUGAUCUCUACACAUUAAGUAAAAUAUCGGAAAUUCUACACGCUCUGUUUGUGACACAUAAAUCAACAUUCUUUCCCUUCUUCGAUCAAAUUUGUGGACAUUUCGUGAAACUUUUGGCACCGGAACGUUCAUGGUCGGAUCAUCAAUGGGCUUUAUGUGUUUUUGAUGAUGUGAUCGAAUUCGGAGGACCUGAUUGUGUUAAAUAUCAGGAAUUCUUCUUGAGACCAAUGAUUCAAUACAUAACGGACGAGUCCGCCGAAGUUAGGCAAGCAGCAGCUUAUGGUUGUGGAGUUUUGGGACAAUUUGGAGGAGAGGCUUUUGCACAGGCUUGCGCCGAGGCUUUGCCAAGGUUAGUCGAGGUGAUAAAUAAACCGAAAUCAAGAGCACCUGAAAACGUGAAUCCAACGGAAAAUGCCAUUUCGGCAAUUACGAAAAUUCUCAAAUACAAUAAUUCAGCGAUAAAUGUCGACGAGAUGCUUCCACAUUGGUUGUCUUGGUUACCAGUUGUUGAAGAUGAAGAUGAAGCACCACAUGUAUACGGUUAUCUUUGUGAUUUGAUAGAAGCAAAUCAUCCAGUAGUUUUAGGCAUGAACAAUACAAAUUUACCAAGAUUAAUUAGCUUUUUCGCGGAAGCACUUCACAAAGAUGUGGUACCAACUUCGAGUCCAGUGAUGCCAAGGAUAAUCAGUAUCGUUAGGCAAAUUCAAAGCAACGAAACAAUGUUCCAAGCAUGUAUAACUUCUUUGACGACAGAUCAACAACACGCUCUCCACGAGGCACUCAGUGGACAAGCAACAAAUUAAGUUUGCAACAUUCGACAAACUUUUUUCUAAUUGACGUAAAUUUACGUUUUCAACCCCUGAGAUAAAAAAACGAAAGGAUCACUGAUAUCUAGAGGUAGCUAGAAUGUACCUAAUUUUCACAAUCGAUUUUUUGUCUCAGCCUAAAAAAAACGACCAUCAUUUUACAACAAGGUGCAUUCGUCUGUUUUUGCUUACUCGCUCUGUUAUUGUUAAUAUUUUUCAAAUCGAUUCUUUAAAAUAAAUCCCGAAAGAAACUCGAAUGUUAAAUGCUCGAAAAUGUAAAUUGUGAAUUCGCAUACAAACACUAAAUUAUAAAUAGUCCACAGUUUCGUCGGUUUAAGUGUAAAAUAUAAAUGAAAUUGAGUCUGCGGCUCACCCAUUAAAAACGAAACUUGGACCUUUUUUUCUACAAAUUUUUUUUAUAUAUGAAAAUUUUUUUUCUUCGUCUUUAUUGGUAAAAUUGUGUAGCUUGACGAAGGUACACAGUUGUUUGGAAUCACUUUUCAAAAAUAACGUGUAGCCUCAAAUAUCAUCUAUUCGACAUUUUUUUAUUAUUAAUUUUUUCCUUUGUAUUCCGACAUUUGUUGAUCAUGUGUCGUGAACAAUAAUUUCGACUUAAUAAUCGAUAGUGAUUAGCUUAAUGUGUCGUUAAUAAAUUAUGAAUUCCUGGAUGGAAUUUUAUUUUUUUCAUGUUCUUCAAGUUGUAAACGUUUAAGUUAUUUCUGUAUAAUUAAAUUAAAAAACUUUUUAAAGUCGAAUAAUUUAAUUUUUGUAUUAUUUAUUUUAAAGUGUCGUUUAAAUUUACCGUUUUUUGAAUAAAUCAUCCUAAUUGAAUUUUAAAGUGAAAUUGUUAGUGAGGAAUUUUUUUUUCAACUCGAACGUUUAGAACUUGAGGAACAUAUUUCUUUGAUGUUAUUCUAAAUCAUCGAAGGGAUGUUACUUCGUUGCUAUAGGAACGCGAUGCGAUUCGGUUUCUAAAGAGAACACGUUUUAGUAAGAUUAUAUUUACAUUUUGAUAUUUCCCGCCAAAUGAUGGCUAAAACGAUUUUCUAGAGGAGACGUGUGCGAGAUUUUAUAGAGAACCUUAUAUUGUAUCUGUAAAUAUUUGAAAAAUCAAUCCUCCCUCAUUGUUAUACAGGAUGCUUUUGGCAUUGCGAUCUUGUGUAAUCAUUCUCAUUUCACAAAACAAAAAAAAAAUUGUCACUCCGAGUUAUUGCCUUCAACAAUUUGACAAAAUUAUGAAAGCAAAUAGACUGGAAAAAAGCCACUAACUCAUUGCCAUCCCUCGAAGGCAUGAUAUUGUGAUUUAGGUAUUUUAUUAUUAAAUUUAAGUAUGAUAAAUGUUAUUUAAUAGUAAUAUCUAUAAUAUCGCAACGUUCAAGUUAGAUAGGACGGUGUAAGAGUGCCUCUCGAAUGAAAAUGUAAUUAACAGAUUUACUGAUUCGCAUCCAAAGCUCUUUUUAAAAUAUCCAUUAAAUAUUAUAUCAGUA